GGCGUGAUUCCGUCCUGCGUGUCUGUUCUGAGGAGCAGUAGGCAGUUCCCUCCGUCCGCCUUCUCUCACACCGAAGUGCGCGCCUCCACCUCAUGGAAGACUCGAUGGACAUGGACAUGAGCCCUCUCAGGCCUCAGAACUACCUUUUCGGUUGUGAACUAAAAGCUGACAAGGAUUAUCACUUUAAGGUGGAUAAUGAUGAGAAUGAGCACCAGUUAUCACUAAGAACGGUUAGUUUAGGGGCAGGGGCAAAAGACGAAUUACACAUCGUAGAGGCAGAAGCAAUGAACUAUGAAGGCAGUCCAAUUAAAGUAACACUGGCAACUUUGAAAAUGUCUGUACAACCAACAGUUUCUCUUGGGGGCUUUGAAAUUACACCACCUGUGGUCUUAAGGUUGAAGUGUGGUUCAGGGCCUGUGCACAUUAGUGGACAGCACCUAGUAGCUGUAGAGGAAGAUGCAGAGUCAGAAGAUGAAGAUGAGGAGGAUGUAAAACUCAUAAGUAUGUCUGGAAAACGAUCUGCUCCUGGGGGUGGUAACAAGGUUCCGCAGAAAAAAGUAAAACUUGACGAGGAUGAUGAGGAUGACGACGAAGAUGAUGAGGAUGAUGAAGAUGAUGAUGAUGAUGAUUUUGAUGAUGAGGAAGCUGAAGAAAAAGUUCCAGUGAAGAAAUCUGUACGAGAUACCCCAGCCAAAAAUGCACAAAAAUCAAACCAAAAUGGAAAAGACUUAAAACCAUCAACACCAAGAUCAAAGGGUCAAGAGUCUUUCAAAAAACAGGAAAAAACUCCUUAA